AUGGCUGAGCUGAAAAUAUUCUUUGCAACUAGCUUGCUCGUCUUUCUGGUUGCGGUUGUAGGGGCGACCACCCUCCGUCAUCGUCGUGCAACAGCGCUCUCCUUGUCCACGUCGUCCUUCGGAACCUCUCUGUACAAACGCCUGGCAUCUGGUAACCAUAACAACAUCGUCUUCUCCCCACUCAGCGUGUACACAGCCUUGACCAUGACCCUGCUGGGGGCAGGUGGCGACACGGAGCGGGAACUGAAGACAACCCUGGGGGUACACCAGGGACAGGACAUCCACGCUGGUAUUCAUGACCUCAUGACCUCCAUAACGGCUCGCGACGUCACGUCAAACGUCACAGUGCACAUGGCUGACGCCGUGUAUUACGACGCACAGCAAGUUCACGUCACGGACAGCUACUCUUCCAGGAUGAGUCAGUACUACGGGGCGGGGCUGAAGCCGUUCCAGAGACCCAACCCGGAGAAAGCCAUCAACACGUGGGUGGAGGAGGUGACAGAGGGCGCCAUCACCAACUUCCUGCAGCCUGGCGCCAUCACAGCUGAUACCGUGCUCAUGCUCCUCAACGCCGUGUAUUUCGAGGUUCUUUCAUCACUGAACGCGCGCGUGCUGGAGCUGCCGUACAAAGGACAUCGCUACAGCUUCUUCAUCAUCCUCCCCAUGGCCAAGGAUGGCCUCACCCACCUGGAGGGUCUGCUCAACGGUCAGAACUUGGAGGACUCGUUGUCUGUCAUGCCACGGGCGAGCCAUGUCGAAAUUCUUUUGCCUAAGUUUACUCUGCACAUGCGUAGUGGGCUGAAAUCCCACUUGCAAGCCCUGGGGCUCAAGUCCAUGUUUGACUCAUCGGCUAAUUUCACUGGCAUGGCGCGUGCCACUGGGGGCAGACAUCUUGUGGUCAGCGAUGCGCAGCACGAGGCUGUGAUAGAAGUCACAGAAACAGGUACCAAGGCAGCAGCUGUGACAUCAAUACAAAUAGUUGCAGAGUCAGAACCGACUAUGUUCAAAGUCGACCAUCCGUGUCUGUUUAUUCUCCGAGACAAAACUGAUGGAGUAAACCUGUUUAUGGGGCGGCUGACAGACCCGUCACAAAGCCACUAG